AUGGAAGCAGAGUCGCCCCUCUCAACACCUCAGCCGGACCAGACCCAGAGUGAUGCCUCCCCGUCAACAGACAGGAGGAAAUCGGGUCGCGUGACGCGAAAACCAGAGCUGUACUCCCAGAGCUUUGGCGCCAGCAAUGGUGCGACCGCAGGCGGGGCUAAGCGCAAGCGCACCACGACUGGCGAUGAUAACGAUGAUGACAAUGAACUGAGCAACGAGGACGCGUCCGAGUCAGACAGCGAUGAGCCCGGCGACGAAGAUCCCGACGAGGAGGAACUGCGCGAGAAGAAGCGGGCUGCGCGCAAAGCAGCCGCCAAGAAGCAGUCGUCCGCAUCCAAACCGAAGCCCAAGUCCCGUACCGCGAAGAAACCGAAGGUCGCUGGCAACGGCCUACCUAGUCGCCUGGCCCUGCGACCCGCUGCCAAUGGAAAGAAACCGGUUUCGCGUCCCAGGCAGAUGAAAGCGCGACUCACCAUGGCUGCGCGCGAGGGCGGUCUCUAUGCGGAGGUCUUUGGCAAGGGACGCACCGUCGAAACGGUUGCGGCGGAGUGGCUAACGCAUUAUCAAGAAGAGCAGCAGGAGGCAGUGUGCGACAUGGUUAACUUCAUGCUGAAAUGCUCGGGAACUGAUCUAGAAGUCACGACCGUUGAUAUUGAGAAUGUCGACCACGCCCCGCACCGUGUGAGUGAUUUGGCAACUCAGUACCAAACUUUAGGAAUUUCCGAGUACCCCUUGAUCUCCAAGUCCAGGAAACUGAGGUCUUUCCACCCCGUUUUGGAGAGUUUCAUCAUGACCCUAAUCCAAACCUUGCACCACUCGUCCGUGCUAUACAGCGACCCGAACCUUUUCGAAAACAUCCAAGUUUGGAUCUCGUCCCUGUCCUCUUCCGGAUGCCGGCCUUUUAGACACACCGCUACCGUUGUCUCCCUAGCCACAAUGAAUGCUUUCUGUGAUAUUGCGCGGGAGGUCAACACCACUGUCUCCACGUCCCGCAAACAGCUGGAAAGUGAAAAGAAAAAGCGGUCAGUGAACAAGGGCCGAGUCGACGCUAUUGAGACAGCGAUCGAGGAGGGUGAGAAGAAGCUGGAGAUGAUCGACGACUACCUGAAAGAUGGUGUGAACGUCGUCUUCGUCCAUCGCUACCGGGAUAUCGACCCCGCCAUCCGCGCCGAGUGCCUGGCAGCUCUGGGACGCUGGAUGCGCACCUAUCGCGAAUACUUCUUCGAGGGCCAAUUCCUUCGUUAUUUUGGCUGGAACCUCUCUGACGCCGCGGGUCAAUCGCGUGCAGUGGUAGUUGAGCAGCUCAAGUCCCUCUAUGAGAUCAAAGACAACAUGGCGGGCCUUCGAUCGUUCACGGAACGUUUCCGCCAACGCCUGGUAGAAAUGGCUGCCCACGAUGCUGAGAUUACUGUGCGCACUUCUGCUAUCGAGCUGCUUGACCUGAUUCGCGAUGCUGGAUUGAUCGAGCCGGCUGAUGUGGAUACGGUCGGCAAACUCGUUUUCGACUCCGAACCCCGGAUCCGUAAAGCGGCUGGUCGCUUCUUCGUUGCGAAUGUCGAGGAUGUGUUCGACUCCACUAUGGAAGAGAUGGCAGAGGAGGCUGGCGAGAUCUUCGGUGAUGAAGAUGAGGACGAUUUCGAGUCACCCAAGCGCUCUUGGAUUAAGUUCAAGUGCCUAGCGGAUAUUCUCCAAGCCUACGAUGAUCUCGAGAAUGAAAGUGCCGAGGAACCCGUGGCGCCACGAGAUGCGCUUUCGGGUGCUCCGAUGGACACACGUUACGUUCUUGCCACGGAGGCCAUUUAUCCCCAUCUCACCGACCUUGCUCACUGGCAGUCUCUGGCAGGAUACCUUCUCUAUGACCAUUCUCAGAUCCCGGAGGACCCCAGCGAGGAUGAUACUGCUGCUGUGGUCCGGAAAUCGUACAAGAUGCAAGAAGGUCAGGAAGUGAUCCUUCUGGAAGUACUGUGCUGCGCAGUUAAACUGCGCGUCCUUGAGAUUGCCAAGUCAGACAUUGAUAAGAGGGGCCGGAAAGUUAAAGCAUUGACCGACAAGAUCCCAGAACUGCAGGAGGAGAUCUCGCACAGCCUGGCGCAGAUCAUUCCACAGCUGCUGAAUAAGUACGGCUCCGUACCGGAGGCGGCAUUUGCGGUCUUGAGGCUUGAACAUCUUGUCGACCUGGAAAAGAUCGAGGAUAUACAGAAAGACGCGACGGCUUAUACCGCGUUGUUGAACGACAUAAACAAGCAGUUCUUGACCCAUUCAGAUCAGGAUGUCCUGGCCGAGGCCAGCGUUGCGUUUAUUCAUGCAAAGAGCUCCGAUGAUAUGCGCGAGGCGCUCGAGGGCAAGAUUCAGGAGCUAUGGGACAACGUGGUGGAGACUCUGAGCACUCUGUCACGAAAGCAGGACGUGUCAAAGGGAGGCUCGAUAUCUCCCGCGACCCUGAACGAACUCGUCAACACAGUGAUCCGGAUAUCCAACCUUGCCAGUGUGACGGACUGUACGCAUGUCUUGGAAACCAUGCCUUCUGGUCGAUCGAAGGGUAAGCGCACAGACGUUUCAGAAGCACCUUUCAACGCUCUCGUGCAUCUGAUGAAACGGGGGCUGCGCGACCCGGAGGAUGAUGAGGAUCUGGCCAAGGCAGAAAGUGAACUGGUUACAAACAGCAUUCGGACGCUUCUGUUCUACUUCAUGUGGAAGGUGCAGACAUUGACCACGGCCCUGAAUGCAGGAAAGGCUUCGUUCAAUACGGCAUACUUCGAGGCUCUGACCAAGGGCCGUGAGAUCUUCACCACAACCCUUGUUGCUAUCAUGAAGCAGCGCUUGGGGCUGGACGACAUCAGGUUCUGCGCAGCUACGACGCUCCUAGACCUUCAGACCCUGUUCGGCACCCUUCGCCAUGCUGGACUGAGUGCAGCCAAUGACGAGGAUGUGAUCCUCCAGACUCAAAGUCUGGUUCAAGAGAUCGGACGUGAGCCAAAGACACUCAUUGCCAGGAUACAUAGCAUAGCAGAACGCACGUACGCGAGGAAGAUCCGAGUUCCCAUAAGGGCUGCCGACGAUGAUGGGCUAUCUGACGAAGACAUCCGGAAGGCACCCCAGGAUGAAGACGACGAAGAGUCCGAACCCGAAGAAAUACUGGACGACGAGCGCCUCCGAUCGAGCAUUAUUGCCGAACAACGCCUGUGCGAACUGACCGGCAAGAUUGUCCUCGCUAUCGUCGGACGCAUCAUCGACGCCACCGGAUCAGACAGUGGAGCAUUGACGAAGAAACUGCUCAAGAACAGGUCUCAGCUGGGUCGAAACUACCGUGAAGUCCUCGCCUACCUCGGGGACCUCAUACCCAGCAGAAGCACAGCAACACGAGCCGCCCCGUCACGAAGUAAACAACCAUCGGCGCAAAGCAAAACCCAGAAUGGCGUCAGCAAGCGAGCAGGAGAGCACAAAUCCGCCGAACGGAUAGACGACGAAGAGGACGAGGAUGAGAACGACGCCGAAGAAGAAUCCCAUCACGAAGAUGACGAAGAGGAGGACCUACGAGCCCGUGGCCUCCUCGAAGAGGAGAACAUCGACCAAGACAAUGACGAGGAGGAAGAGGAAGAGGACGAUAAUCCAGAUCCGGACGAGGACGAAGUUAUGGGUGAUUAG